GAGUUACGCUGCUGGAUCUAUGAAAUCUGUACGCAGUUCUAAAGAUCUUUAUUGCCACAUCAGAGUUUUUAACAACCCACAAAAAGAAGAUAAGAGAAGAUGCAAAGCAGAAAAGUCUCCGAUCACAGGAAAAGUCUCCAGGAUCUAAAAAAGUCCUAUGAAGCAAGUGAAGAGGCUGAAAAACAACAGUUAUGGGAGAUUAUCAAAGAUGAAUUGCAGGACAUCCUGAAGAAAUACUCCUUAGACUUCUCAAAAGAACAAAUAAAGAUCUUCAACGACCCCAUCCAUGGUCACAUUGAGCUGCACCCCCUGCUGGUGAAGAUCACAGAUACUCCUCAGUUUCAGAGACUGAGACGCAUCAAACAGCUGGGAGGAACAUAUCUGGUGUAUCCGGGCGCUUCCCACAAUCGCUUUGAACACUCACUUGGUGUGGCGUAUUUAUCAGGACGUCUGGUGAAGGUUCUUCAUGACAAUCAACCAGAGCUCAAGAUCACCAAACAGGAUUUCCUGUGUGUUCAGAUCACUGGUCUGUGUCACGACUUGGGUGAGGAGCACUAAGGCUUAUGGAAAAAUUAACCAGCAACUUUUCUUUACGUAAAAAAUAUUUAUCUGUAAAACAUCUUUAAGCAACUUGGUAGGGUCACUGUUUACAAAUUAUGUUUCAGUGAUUGCUUGGAAUUACUGUAUUUUGUGCUUGAUAUAUCUAUGUAAUAUUUUAAAGUGAGCCAAAAUUGGGAAACAGGGUUUAUUGGCA